AUGUCUCUGUUAUAUAUCUUAUUAGUUACAACUUUGUUUGCAUUGAAUGUUAGGGGUUUUCCUGCUCAAGCAAGCUUGGUAUCCCUGAAUCAGACUGUUCAAGGCCGAGUCUUCGCAGCAGCCCCGCUUGCUCGACCAUGUUACUCGAUUUACGAGGGACAAUCGGUCCCAGAAUAUCCAGUGCAGUGUGCCCAGGUGGAAGCACAGUACACCUCCGGCCUCUAUCGAACUGAAUUAUACAACGGGUUUAUGCAUGAUCAAGCUGAAACCUGCCCUUCGUCUUCAGAUCCCAUCACCAGUCAAUGUUUGCUUGAUCCAACACAGCCAAUCGCCCGGGGACCUCCGAGAAACGCCAGUUGCGGACAAGGAAGCGUUUCGACUUAUUAUGUCGAAGUUUCCAGUGCUGCGGAUGUCCAAGCUGUAUUUGCUUUCGCUAAGCAGACAGGAACCUCUCUCAGCAUCAAAAAUAGCGGACACGAUUAUUCGAGUAGAAGCAGUCUACGGGGAUCUCUUGCCAUUUGGACUCGAAAGCUCCAGAAUACUGAAUACCAUCCGAACUUCAACCCUGAAGGAUGCCAGGGGAAUGCGAAUCAAUAUAAUGCCAUCACUGUGGGAGCCGGAGCCAAUUUCGAUCAAGUCUAUAAAUUUGCAGAUCAAAAUAAUGUCAUAUUUGUUGGCGGUUCCUCUCCUACAGUCGGUGCUUCUGGUGGUUUCAUGAUGACAGGAGGUCAUGGCCUGCUCUCAUCCCAAUUUGGACUGGGUAUUGACCGAGUUAUGGAAUUCAAGAUUGUCACUCCAGACGGAGUUUUCAGAACUGCGAAUGCUUGCCAAAACCAAGACUUGUACUGGGCCCUUCGAGGUGGUGGAGGGGCUACCUAUGGAGUCGUGAUCGAAUCGACGAGCAAGGUUGAACCUAGUGUCCCUCUUGUCCUAUCAUUGAUCCAAUUACCGGCAAAUGCAACCAAACCCAGUAAAGAUCAAUUCACUCAGUUGUUGAUGGACGGUGCUAUUAGGUGGGCUCGAGAGGGCUGGGGAGGACCAAAUAGCCCGAGCUUUAUGGUGAUGGUGAAUCCAUUUAUAGAUCUCGAAACAGCGAGGAAGUCGAUGGCUGCAAUUUCGGAUUAUGCGAAGUCACAAGGCGGUAGUGUGAUUCUCGAAACCCAUCCUACCUUCCUCAGUCUAUACUCGCAAUAUAUUGCACCAACUGCGAAUGGGGAUGUUGCGACUUCAGCGAUAACGACAAACCGUCUCAUUCCAAACAGUAUUCUAAACAGCACGACUGGUCAAGCGGACAUUUUGAAAGUACUCGAUAAACUUGCUGCCGAUGGUUUCCGACCAACUAUUUUUGCCACUACGCCAGCUUAUUACAACUAUAUGCCUGGAUCGACCUCGGCGACUCCCGCGUGGAGAAAUAGCACUUGGAUGAUUACGACCCAGACAGCCUGGGCGUGGAAUAGCACAGUAAGUCAGAAACGAGCAAUGGUAAAGAAGUUGAAAGGGGCUACCCAUGACCUGGAGGCUUUGGCCCCUACUAGUGGUUCGUAUUUCAGCGAGUCUAAUCCUUGGGUAGAGGAUUGGCAGCAAGCAUGGUGGGGAGAUAAUUAUAACGAGCUUCUACGGCUCAAGAAGAAGUUUGACCCAGAUAACUUACUCACUUGUUUGCGUUGUGUGGGAUGGGACCAGGAGUCGGAACAGCAAAGGAAGGCGUUUGAUUGCAUGGAGGGUUUGAAUAAUUGA